CAAGUCCGUUUGACAGUUUAGGAUAGAACUGUCAACGCAGCAAUGAAUAAGGUCUACUUUCUUUCAGUUUCUAUAUGUACAAUUCUGAUAAUAACAGGCGUAGAAACAUUGGAGUGUUAUAGCUGCUCGAAAAUCAGUGAUCCAAGUACAUGUAAUACCACGAUCACCUGUGCCACAGACGAGGCUUGUUAUCAGGAAUCGACUGUGUCGGGACAUACUAAAAUAGUCACGUUAGGAUGUAUAAAUAACAAGCAAUGCGGGGCUUCAACAACUGAUUCUUUGACUAUGAUUGGUCGAGAUAUAAAAAGGCGACAAGAACAAAAAUGCCUAGAAUGCUGUGGUACUGAUCGAUGUAACGAAAUUCUUUGUGCCCAUAGAAACCCUGCUGCAUGCAUUGAUGACGAAACAAUAGACUGCCCCAGAAUGAACUCGGUAUUUGGAAUUUGCAAAGAUAUAAAUCACGCUAAAUCUUUGUGCCCUGACUUUUGUAAACUUUGUGAUGUUGUCGAUGGUGUGUGGACGGAAUGGACGCUAUGGUCUACAUGUGAUGUCACUUGUGAAACUGGAAUCCAGUCGCGAUCAAGGACAUGUGCAAACCCAGCACCAGCGCACGGUGGUCAAGACUGUGUAGGCAACCAAGCGGAAACAAAACUAUGUCAGAAGUCACUCUGUCCUGUACACGGACACUGGAGCUCUUGGGAAGCAUGGGGAGCAUGUUCGGUUUCCUGUGGACUUGGUAUUCAGAGACGGCAACGCACCUGUACAAACCCAGCACCACAACGAUUUGGCGACCACUGUUUUGGUUUGAAUAUUGACGAUCGGAUCUGUGUACCUAAAGCGUGCUCGGAUGGUGAGUGGACAAGCUGGGGUAACUGGAGUAGCUGUAGUGUCACUUGUGGCGGAGGUUUUCAGUCUCGAUCAAGGUCCUGCACAAACCCGAGACCUUCCUUAAUUGGGAGAUACUGUGAUGGUGAUUCGUCACAAGUAGGAUCUUGUAACAGACACGCUUGCAGAGGUAUGUACAAAACCACACGGUCAAUAGCUUUUAUACAGUGGAACAGAUUCCGCUACCAAUUCGCAGUCAUGAUCUUAAUUAUUCUAGGAAAAUGCCGUCCGCGAUGA